AUGGAUAAGGAGCUAGGCCAAGUGCAAGUUCUUUUGUGUGCAGAUGCUAGUAAUGCUGUUCUCCAACAUAAGCAGCAACGACUUCUAGAUAAAAAACAACAAUUAUACUCUUACCAACAUACUUAUUGGAAGCAAAAAUAUAGGGGUCAACAUCUAUCCUUAGGGGACCAGAAUACUAAGUAUUAUCAUGCUUUUGCAUCGAUCAGACGCAAUCGUAACCAAAUUAAAUCUAUUAGAGAUGCUGCAGAGGAGGAUAAUCGUCUCCUUACAGGCCCUGUGACAGAUGAUGAAAUUAGAAGUGUCGUAUUUGACUUAGCCCCUGAUAAAGCUCCGGGUCCAGAUGGUUUCCCUCCCUUUUUCUUUCAAAAAUAUUGGACACUUGUUGGUCCGUCUGUUGUUCGGGCUAUCAAUGCGUUCUUCCAUUCUGGUUAUUUACUAUCUGAGAUUAAUCAUACAUUUUUGGCUCUUAUUCCUAAAGUUGAGAAUCCGGAGGAAACUUCACAUUUCCGCCCAAUAAGCUUAUGUUCCACUAUCUAUAAAGUAAUUGCCAAAAUUCUUGUUAAUCGGUUAAAAGUUGUCCUUUGUCGGAUCAUUCAUCCUCUUCAAGCUAAUGGUAUCCCUGGUGAUAGAUUCUUCCCUUCUCGUGGGAUCCGUCAAGGCGACCCGCUGUCUCCUUAUUUAUUUAUUUUAAGUGCAGAAUUGCUAGCCCAACAACUUCAUUAUAAUAGUAUUAAUAAUGGGAAAUUGGUUGGAGUGUCAGUGGGCAAAUCUAGAGUGAAAGUACCUUUUCUAACUUUCGCUGAUGACACAAUGAUUUUUGCUAAGGCAAAUGUGGCUAGUUGUAGGGCCAUCCGUUCCACUUUAGAUAAGUAUUGUGUUAUGUCCGGUCAACUAGUUAAUUAUAAUAAAUCAGCCUUUAAAUGUACAGAAAAUGUUGCUCUUGAGGAGCGCGAGGAGUUUCAGCAGAUUCUAGGAAUGACAUACUCUCAUUCAUUGGAGAAUUAUCUGGGUUGCCCUAUUAUUGAUAGUCGAGUUACUAAGGAAACUUUUAUGCCAAUCGUACAUAAAGUCCAGGCUCAGCUCCCGAAAUGGAAAGCUAACUCGCUUUCUCAGGCAGGUAGAGCUGUUCUUUUACAAGCUAAUUUGGCCUCGAAAGCUAAUUAUCAAAUGCAGAGUUUCCUACUACCUCAGACUAUUUUAUCCAAGCUAGAUAGUAAUUAUCGCAAUUUUUUUCGGAAUAAAGAUUCCAAUUCAAAAGCCCCAAAUUUGAUAGGGUGGGAUCGUAUCUGCUCUCCGAAGCAAUCUGGUGGCCUGGGCUUUAGAAAAGUUGGUGUGAACAAUAUGGCUAACCAAAUGAAGUUACUUUGGAAAUUACUUAGAAAUGAAAAUAAUCUUUGGGUAGUGCUUUCUAAGAAAAAAUAUUGUAGAAAUAAGGAUUUUUUGUCUUGUAAAGUGUCUCCUAAUGCUUCUUGGCAAUGGAAAAAACUCAUGAUCUUACGCUCGAUUUUCAAAACUGGUCUCCGGUGGCAAGUGGGUAAUGGAAGCAAAAUUAAUUUCUGGCAUGAUAAUUGGGUUUUCCCUCACUCUUUGAGCAAAAUUAUUCAACACCCAAGUAUGAACAAUUUGACUAGGGUGAAUGAGUUUAUUUUGGAAGAUAAGACGUGGAAUGUUCCGCUCUUAAGCUCCUUUCUUCCCCGGGAUAUCUGCCUUAAGAUUUCCAAUAUUUUUCUUCCCAGAAAUAAUGUUGAAGACGAGGUUUUUUGGGUCCUCUCCCCUGAUGGAAUCUAUUCGGUUAAAUCAGGGGCCCAAUUGAUUAUUAAUCAGAAAAUUGGUGUGAAUUCACCAGUAGAGUACCAGUGGAUUUGGAGGUCUAAUCUAUCCCCUAAUAUUAAAAUUUUUUUAUGGAAAGCUUGCAAUGAUGGCCUUCCAACUAAGGCCAGAUUGGAGCAAGUGCAUGUUUACACUCCUCAACAGUGUGAAUUUUGUAACUGUUCUUUGGAAACUGCUUCGCAUCUCUUCUUUCAUUGCCAGGUCAGCCUUGAUAUUCUGCAUCAACAUGAUGCAGAUUAUGGGUGGCCUCAGAUUCCGGCUUCUGCUAAUUUGGACUCUUUUAGAGACAAUUUGCAGGUUUGUGUUGAUUCUUUAGGGAUCUCGAAGACUUCCAAUGGGCUUAAUGCUAUGGCUCGGAGGUGCGCGGUUUGGGUUCCCCCUCCUGAGGGUGUAUUUAAAGUUAAUUUUGAUGGGUCCAAGUAUAGUGAUGGGGGAACCUCUUUUGGGUUUGUUAUUCGGAACCAUUUGGGUGAAGCUAUUCUUGCAGGGUGUAAUUCUCUUCCCUCUGACUUUUCUAUUAUCCAAGCGGAGGCUUUUGGUCUUUGGGAAGCUAUCAAGGCUGCCCGUUUUUGUAAUAUGCCGCGGGUUAUUAUUGAAGGCGAUAAUCUUUCGGUUAUCAAUGCCGUUCUUAAAAUUUGGAAGCCCCCUUGGGUCAUCAAUUCAUUAUUGCAGGAUCUGUGGUUUGAAUUGUGUAAGUUUAAUAGUGUGUCUAUUUCUCAUUGUUUCAGUGAAGCUAAUAGGGUUGCAUAUUUCAUGGCUCAUCAAGGACAUGCAGCUCAUAACCUCAGUUACAAAUUCCCGCCGUUUUCUGUUGAUUUCUCUCUUGUCAUCCGUAAGGAUGUGUUAGGCUGGCCUCCCGAUUAG